UUUUCCUUGAAUUGGGACACUGCACCCUUUAUCAACGUAAGCAAUAUCCUAGCCUAUCGUGUUCAUAGACGUGUGCAACGACGGCGAAUGCUAUACAAACCCUCGCGUCACUUACACCUGACUAUAUUCCGCGUCGCUGUUCGAGGCAUGUACGGGCGAACCCACAUUAUUGAAAACAGAACAUUGCGUGUACAUGUACUGUGUACGUUUUGCCACGUUCGAUUGCGCUCGGGAACAAGGUUGUCCAGCGCUGAAAAGACAUUUGACUUAUUUCGCGCUUAAAGUUUCUUCCUGUAAAACCUCAUAUUUAGGCUCUCACUUUGACAAUAAAUCAGACCUGUGCGUGUAUAUGGUCAUUCAGCAAGAAAGAUGGCUGAUGAGAGUCAUGGCAUUUCCUCAACAGUAGAGGAUUCUCUCCAGAGUCCGCCGGCAGGACGGGAGUCCUGUUUGCCACGUCAUCGAGCCCCCCGUGAGGAGUCGAGCGUGUCAGUGGGUGAAAUCAGUGUUACUGGGAAUAACAAUCCUGUUCUCUGUGGGAGCGAUGGGAACACUCUGAACUUCCAAAAAAGUGCAGACAGUGACCCGAAAGUGUUGUCCACAAGUACCACCUCUGCGGAUGAAACCUCCGGACCUUUGGUACUAAGUAAAAAGUCUACAUCGUCUCAGCAAAGAGAGAUAUCGACAGGGGAAGAAACCAUUGAAGACACGCUUCCACCCACUCCGCCAUACACCAGGAGCAGCACUCGAAGGGUAGAGUCCCUAAAGAUUGCCGGUCAUGAAAAUUUUACCUUCGUUAACUGUAGCGUGAACAUCAUGAACUCUUCAGCCGAUUCUGGAAUUGGGGACUCAUUCAGCUCCGUUGACACCUCUGUUGGAAGUGAUAGCCGCACCUCAUUAACUAACCACGAGGUGACAGGAGGGAAGAAAGAGACAAUCGACGAAGGCGUCAUAUUUCUCAUUGACUGCUAUGAUCCAAUGUUCCAACAAAGCAAAGAUGGAGAGGACAGUCCGUUUCAGCUAACCAUAAAAAUAUUCUGA